AUGGAGGGCAUCAAGAAAACAUUUCAGCGCUGCAAGGCGGAGAACAGGAGCGCACUGGUGACAUAUGUCACAGCAGGAUACCCCACGCCGGAGGAUACUCCUGACAUUCUCCUGGCCAUGGAGAAGGGUGGAGCUGAUAUUCUUGAGCUUGGCGCUCCCUUCACCGACCCCAUUGCCGAUGGUCCUACCAUCCAGACUGCCAACACAAUUGCCCUCAAGAAUGGUGUCACAAUCGAGUCGACACUCGGUAUUGUCAGGGCCGCCAGAGAUCGCGGUCUCAAGGCCCCCGUCCUGCUCAUGGGCUACUACAACCCUCUUCUCAGCUACGGAGAGGAGCGCCUCCUCAAGGACUGUAACGAGAGUGGAAUCAAUGGCUUCAUUCUCGUCGACCUACCUCCGGAGGAGGCUAUCUCCUUCCGCAAGCUAUGCACAAAGGGAGGUCUGUCCUACGUCCCCCUUGUUGCCCCCGCCACAUCUGAUCACCGCAUGAGGCUCCUCUGCCAGCUCGCAGACUCCUUCAUCUAUGUUGUCUCGAGGAUGGGUGUCACGGGUGCCCUGGGCAGCCUCAACGCCAACCUACCUGAACUGGUCGACCGUGUCAAGAAGUACAGCGGAAACAAGCCUGCUGCUGUCGGGUUCGGAGUCAGCACCCACGAUCAUUUUUUGAGCGUCGCCUCAGCAGCCGACGGUGUCGUUGUGGGCAGCCAGCUUAUCAGCAUUAUCGGCAAGGCCAAACCCGGCGAGAUCGCCAAUGACGUGGCCAACUACUGCUCGUACCUAUGCGGUCGCGACCAGUCCCAGAUCUCCAACACCCGUGAGAUUGGCAUUGUCGAGGCGGUUGCCGCGGCCAGGGAGCCCAGUGGCGAAAAUGUCACUGUCGAGGGCCGCAUCACUGCCGAGCAGGACAGUGACCUUGUCGCUCAGCUGGCCGCUCUCCACGGCAAGAUCCCCGACCGCUUCGGCGAGUUCGGUGGCCAGUACGUCCCCGAGAGUCUGAUGGAUUGUUUGUGCGAGCUCGAGGAUGGAUUCAACAAGAUUAAAGACGAUCCCGAGUUUUGGAAGGAAUAUCGCUCUUAUUACGACUGGAUGGGCCGCCCUGGACGUCUGCAUCUUGCCGAGCGCCUGACGGAGCACGCUGGCGGCGCCAACAUCUGGCUGAAGCGCGAGGACCUCAACCACACCGGUAGCCACAAGAUCAACAACGCCCUCGGUCAGAUGCUGCUCGCCAAGAGGCUGGGCAAGACCAAGAUCAUCGCCGAGACGGGAGCCGGUCAGCACGGUGUCGCCACGGCCACUGUCUGCGCCAAAUUUGGCAUGGAGUGCACCAUCUACAUGGGAGCCGAGGAUGUCCGUCGCCAAGCCCUCAACGUCUUCCGCAUCCGACUCCUCGGUGCCAAGGUCGUCGCUGUCGAGGCUGGCAGCAAGACGCUACGUGAUGCCGUCAACGAGGCUCUCCGCGCCUGGGUGACGGAACUGGACACGACGCACUACAUUAUCGGAUCGGCCAUUGGACCCCAUCCCUUCCCUACCAUUGUGCGUACCUUCCAGUCCGUCAUUGGUAACGAGACCAAGGAGCAGCUCAUGGAGAAGAGGGGCAAACUUCCCGACGCCGUCGUCGCUUGUGUCGGUGGUGGUAGCAAUGCCGUGGGCAUGUUCUACCCUUUCUCCUCGGACCCGAGCGUCAAGCUUCUGGGUGUUGAGGCUGGUGGCGACGGUGUCAACACGGCGCGCCACAGUGCCACCCUCACUGGUGGUUCCAAGGGUGUUCUCCACGGCGUCAAGACGUACGUGCUCCAGGACAAGCACGGCCAGAUCCAGGACACGCACUCGGUAUCAGCCGGUCUCGACUACCCCGGUGUCGGCCCCGAGCUGAGCUCGUGGAAGGACAGCGAGCGUGCCAAGUUCAUUGCUGCCACCGACGCCGAGGCCUUCUCCGCUUUUCGCCUCAUCAGCCAGCUCGAGGGUAUCAUCCCCGCUCUCGAGACGGCCCAUGGCAUCUUUGGCGCCAUUGAGCUCGCCAAGACGAUGAAUAAGGACCAGGAUGUUGUCAUCUGCGUCAGCGGUAGGGGUGACAAGGAUGUCCAGAGCGUUGCAGAGGAGCUGCCCAAGCUAGGCCCCCAGAUUGGAUGGGACCUGCGUUUUUGA